AUGACUAUCACAUUUCUCUCCUGCGCGCACACGAAAGUGUGUUUAUUCUAUUACAUGUCAGCAACACGACCGUCGAAUGUUCAAAAGCACUCCCAGGCUCUUUUCUGUCCCCUCCCAUGCUCAAAAGGGUGUCAUUUUUAGUAGCCUCUUCCCACAGCCUGCACAUAAGUAUAUAGGCUAUGCAACGCCACCGGAAUCUGUCUGAUUUGAUCCUGCAAACCCCUACCUCACCAACAAAGAUGUUUUUGGCCUCUGAUAAUCUAUUUAGGCGGCUUGCAAGUGCAUUUCUUCCUUCCCUGCGUCAGUACGUGACCAGAAGAUAGAGAUACGCUGAAACAAAAUAAGAGGUGGCAGUGAAACAGGAAAAGAAAGAGACCCGGGAGCAGAUGUUCUUGGCUGUGGUUUCCAAAGACGGUUAGGAGGUUACGGCGUUCACCAGAAACAGAACGACUAGGUCUGCAACGCUGCGUGCAGGCGAGAAGCGCAAGCGGAGACAGGAGAUGGGUUUGGUUUACACCUUUGCGACCCGGCAGAGGUGAAGCAAGAGGAAGUCCGCUCCAGUGAAGAGACUUUCCAUAAUCCAUAACGUAAUCUUUUCAGAUCAGCCAAUGGUAUUUCGUAUGCAAACGAGGAGGCCGGCCCAAGGGCUGGGCCGCGGGGCAGAGCCGGGCAGGACUGCUGCUCAACCCGCAGCCGGGAUUCUGCACCGAGAAGCCCCAGAUCAGGGCGUGUUAGCGAAGCAUCGCUCUUCCAGCCCGCGCCCAAAAGGAUGGACGAGACCCUGAAGCCGAGAGUAAAUGAGGACUGAAGGAGGCGGAAAGAGCCAGCCGUCUAGAAGCUGUCAGAAUUCAAGACUGGCGGGAGAAAUACAUUCGACCUCUCACACUUGUGGCUUAAGGGACUCAUUAUUUCUCAAUCCCCAAAGAGAGAUUUCGUCCCCAAGGAAGUGAAAAGAAUGAACUUUUGGAGGUAUUCCCUUUUUGCCUUUACAGUGUUCAGCGUGGUAGUUUUUGUGAUAGUGUACAAUAGCCGAUUAAGCCUGCCAAAAAGUUACGAGCAGCUGAAUAUUUCCGGUGAAAGGUAUUUUAGAAUACAAGCCUGUGAUUCCAUCUCAGAAGAGAGGUCCACCUUUUUGUGGGAAAAGCCAUUAGUAUCACCGUUGGGAAGUGUCCCUUGCGAGGACUACCUGACCCAGAGCCACUAUAUCACAAGUUCCCUGUCCGAAGAAGAGGCCGCGUUCCCCUUGGCAUAUGUCAUGGUUAUCCAUAAGGACUUUGACACUUUCGAGAGGCUCUUCAGGGCUGUCUAUAUGCCCCAGAAUGUCUACUGCGUGCAUGUGGAUGAGAAAGCCCCAGCAACGUAUAAGGAAUCUGUGGGGCAAUUACUGAGUUGCUUCCAAAAUGCUUUUAUUGCUUCAAAGAUUGAGCCUGUGGUUUAUGCAGGAAUAUCCAGGCUCCAGGCUGACCUGAACUGCAUGAGAGACCUGGUGGCCUCCAAGGUUCCCUGGAAGUACAUGAUCAACACCUGUGGGCAAGAUUUCCCCCUGAAAACCAACAAGGAGAUAGUUCAGUAUCUGAAAGGGUUUAAAGGGAAAAAUAUUACCCCAGGAGUGCUGCCUCCUGAACAUGCAAUUAAGCGGACCAAAUACGUCCACCGAGAACAUAUAGGCAAAUACGGUUCUUUUGUACAGAACACUAAUAUUUUGAAAACCUCACCCCCACAUCAGAUGACUAUCUACUUUGGCACUGCCUACGUAGCCCUUACCAGGGAGUUUGUUAAUUUUGUCUUUCAUGACAAACGGGCCAUUGAUCUACUACAGUGGUCUAAAGAUACCUAUAGUCCCGAUGAACAUUUCUGGGUAACACUCAACAGGAUUCCAGAUGUCCCUGGCUCCAUGCCCAACGCGUCCUGGACCGGUAACCUCAGAGCUGUGAAGUGGAGUGACAUGGAGGGAAAGCACGGGGGCUGCCACGGCCACUACGUACAUGGCAUUUGUAUCUAUGGAAAUGGUGACUUAAAGUGGCUGAUUAACUCACCGUGCCUGUUCGCUAAUAAGUUUGAGCUGAACACGUACCCCCUGACUGUGGAAUGCCUAGAACUGAGGCUUCGAGAGAGAACCCUAAAUCAGAGUGAAACUGCAAUACAACCUAGCUGGUAUUUUUGAUCUGCUGCAACUCACGGCUCCAGGGGCAGCCCAGUUGGGAAGAAGAGCCUCUCCUUGUGAGAGACAUUUGCCUUGGUUGUGUGGACAGCUUCAGGACCAUGGUGAUGGCUUCAGGACUUGGCUGCAUCAUUAUACUUUUAAAUGUCCACUGUACACUGUGAAAUAAGCAAACAGGAUGGCUGGUUCGAGUGGUCCUGGCUCUCUGGCCAUUCUGGUGGUCCCUUGACACACACCUCCCCGUGGGCAAUCGUGAUGAUCAUAUCAACUCACUGUCUCAGAACUCUGCACCAGAUAUCCAUCAUAUAGAAAUGUUCUAAUGAAAGGAAAAUUGUUUGAGGUAAUGCUAUCUAGAAAAAUAAGAAUUGGGUUUCUUUGAAGAAGGAAUAUUUUAUAACCGAACUACAGUUACACUAUGAUAUGUAGAUACCACUCUUCUUCCCUCAACCACACAUAGGCAUAGAAACAGCUUUCUAAGUACUUACCAAUCUCCUUUUCAUGCCCGAAGGUACAUAUAGUGACCAUGAACCUUUUCAGCCUCUGGGGUUUAUUGGGAAGCCGCUGCACCACUGACAGUGUGUGCCACCACAAGGCAGGGGCCUUAUGACUGAAACCGAAGGAAGAGGCGUGUGCCGCAAAUUACUGUUUUUACAGGGUAUUGUAUGAGGAGGUGUCUGAAUUUGGGGCAGGAAAAAUAGAAAUUUUGAAAAUUUUAAUUGUUACACAUAUGUACCUGUAGACCCCAGUGGGGACUCUGGGGCAUCAUUAGUGGUACUUAUAUGUACCAUUGAACACUUAAGGUAGGCUUGUGGGAGGGGACAAGAAAAAAAAAAAAAUCCAUACUAACUUAAACCAAAAAUUCAAACACACUCAAUGACUCCACAUGCUUCCAUUAAUGAAAACUCAUGGUAUCCACAAAAAAUUCAAAGCAGAAAAUAAUUGGGUCACCAAAGGGUUAAAUCUUGAGCUACUGGGGUUGAGAACUGAGCUUGUUCCUGAGUUUCAACACCAGUGUCUUUAGCUCGCCUAUGUCCGUUGUUGUUGUUAUUAGUUGCUGUCAAGUUGAUUCCAACUCAUGGCAACCUCAUGUGUGCAGAGUAGAAUUGCUCCUUAGAGUUUUCUAGACAGAUCCUUUUGGAAGCAGAUCACCAGGGCUGUCUUCCAAGGAACCUCUAGUUGGGUACAAAUAGCCAACUUUUCAGCUAGACGUCAACUACUUAACUGCACCUGUGUCUAAAGUUGUGUAUAAAAAAUUAAAAAAAAAACCAUUACCGUCAAGUCAAUUCUGACUCUAUACGACAGAGUAGAACUGUCCCAUAGGGUUUCCAAGGAGCAGCUGGUGGAUUCAAACUGACGACCUUUUGGUUAGCAGCCGAGCUGUUAACCACUGCGCACCAGGGCUCCAACUCAUGGUGAGUUGUGUAUAUAGUAAUACAAAGUGAUUAACAAAAGAUAGGAUGUGCUUUAAGACAAUAAUCAUUGCCUGCUUGAUUCAGUGAAAGGAACUCCAGGAAAUAGAAGAUUUCUCUGUUAUAUACCAGAAUUUACUCUGAUUCCUCUUCUAUCAUUUCCCAUUGAGAACUGAAAAGCCCUUGUAAAAAUGAAGACAUUCCUCGAAAGAGGUGCUAUGGCAUGGACACACGUGCUUCUGCACACUGGGGCAGGCAUGGAGUCUCCAGUCUCCAACACCUGAGAAUGCAUCACUUUCCUCUUCCGUGACUCCCUUAUCCCCAAGAUAAUCUUACUUGCACAACGGAGACCAAGUUGUAUCCAGCAAGGCUUUUAACUAGUCUGUAGUAUUCUCUGAAUAGCUUUACAGUGCCUAGUGCCGAUAGAAGGAGCCCUGGUGGCGCAGUGGUUAAAGGCUUGGCUGUGAACCAAAAGGUCAGUUGUUCAAACCCACUGUCGCUCCAUGGGAGAAAAUGUGGCAGUCUGCUUCUGUAAAGAGUUACAGCUUUGGAAACCCCGUGGGGCAGUUCUGCUUUGCCCUGUAGGGUCAUCAUGAGUUGGAAUCCAGUUGACCGCAACGGGUUUUGUUUUUGGUUUUGGGUUCUGAUAGAAGUGCCUGGAUUUCUACCAGCUUUCAAAUGUAGGUGAGCAUCUCCAUCGCUUAUCCCUUGCCAUUUGUCCAAUCAUUCAUUCAGCAUGCAUUCAAUAAAUAUUUCAUGGGUGUCUACUAUGUGUCUGACACGUGCAUCGUCCCUCUAAAAAUCUUGGAAAUAAUGCCAACAUUGGAAAGCCUACUCUAGAGAAUCUUACAAAGUGGCUGAAUUUGAAGACAUUCAUAUGGUAUACACAUGAUUGCGAUAUCAGUGUGUACAUUGUGAUAUCAGCCCAAGGAGAACAAGAGAGAGAAGGAAGGGAAGAGGCAGAAGCUAUUGUGUUCCAGGCAUGGUGGUAGGCCCUUUGUAUAUCUUAUUUCAUUCCAAUCUCAAAACAAUCAUUUUUCAGAUGAAGUAACUUCAGACUUAGAGAGAUUAGGAAACAAAUUUCACUGCCUGAGAAUUGGAAUUCUCUUACUGGUCUUCUCAGUUCAUUUCCUGGGGUGGAAUUUUGAGAGAAGGUGGAAUGAAGCCAUAUUUAGUAUUCCAGAGAAAGUAGGAUUUGAGCAUGGUCUCAGUGUUCAUGCUCAGAAAAAGUCCCGUCACCUCAGAAAAAUGUGAAGUCUACUUUAGUAUUCUUCUAAUUCACUGAGCUCCUAAAUAUUUAUUUAUUCUAACGAAACAGUUUUUACAACUAAUAAUGCAUUUAAUUAACAGUUUUUUUUUCUAUAAUUGUACCUGUUGAAUGUUAAUCAUAUUUAAAGGGAAUGACUUUGAAGUAAAGCUUUUUUUUUCCUGCUACUGAAAAAAAAAGGAACUCUAUUGGGUGGUAAAAGAUUGAGGGAAACUCACCCAGGGUUAACAGAGGACAGUAAACAUAGUCUCUUUUCAACUUAUUUAAAUGAUGACACCUGAAAAGAAGAAAUGUUUUACACUGGAUCUUUCUCAUGGAGAAUGAGAAAUCUUUCUGGAAUAUUUAGCUUUAAUACAUUGUUAGUUGCUGGCAUGUCUCCUAUGUCUUCACAGGUAAGU